AUGUCACCGUGUCACCACGUCACUGAGACACCGUGUCACUGCUUCACCAUGUCACUGUGUCACCGCGUCACCAGAUUACUGUGUCACCGUGUCACCGCAUCACCAUGUCACCGUGAUCACCAGAUCACCACAUCACCGUGUCACCAGAUCAAUACGUCACCACGUCACCGUGUCACCGCAUCACCGUGUCACCAUGUCACUGUGCUACCAUGUCACAAUGUCACUGUGUCACAGUGUCACCAUGUCACUGUGUCACCAUGUCACCAGAUCACAGCACCACCACAUCACUGUGUCACCGUGUCACAAUGUCACUGUGUCACAGUGUCACCAUGUCAUUGCAUCACCAUGUCACCGUGUCACAGUGUCACCAUGUCACUGCAUCACCAUGUCACCAGAUCACCGCAUCACCAGGUCACUGUCACUGCACCACCGUGUCACCGCAUCACCACGUCCCUGCAUCACCGCGUCACCAUGUCACUAUCACUGCAUCACCACCACCAGGUCACCACAACCCUGUCACUGUCACCGUGUCACCGUGUCCCCAACAUCCCCCUCGUACCCCCCCGACCAUCCCAUGUCCAGCACGUGGAGCCAGAGCUGUGUGAUAAGGACAGCCACCAUGUCACCAUGUCACUGUGUCACCACGGCAGUGUGUCACCAUGUCACCGUGUCAUGAUGUCACCAUGUCACCAUGCCACCAAGUCACUGUCUCACCAUGUCACCAAGUCACUGUGUCAUGCUCUCACCAUGUCACCAUGCCACUGUGCCCCCAAGUCACUGUCACGGUGUCACCGUGUCACCACACCACUCUGUCCCCAACACCUCCUUCUGCUCCCACGUCACCUCCCAGGCUGUGCCCUAAGGGCUGUCCCCAGUGUCGCCAUCACUGCCACCACUGUCCCCACGUCACCACUGUCCCCGUGUCACCGCUGUCCCCACAUUACCCGCCCCUGCCCCCACCCCCCCCCAGGUGUCACCCUGCAGCCACUGCCCCACUGCCACCAUCCCUGGGGAGAAUGGUGGCAGCUGGGGGGCACCCGGGGGUGCUGGGGGCACCCACAAAGUACUGGGGAGCACCUGUGGGUGCUGGGUGGACCUGGAAGGUACUGGGGAGCACCCAAGGGUGCUGGGAGAGUUUAA